AUUUUGUACUGAUUAGAGCGUGACUCGCAUGUUAAUGCUAAUUACAACAGAACAAAAUAACCUUCGCACUAUCAAGAGAGUGGGAAAAGAUUGAAGAAAUUUUUUAGAGAAGAACGUGAAUUUGCAGAUUUUGUGACGCAUCUGUGGGUUGCCAAGUCAGGUCGAAACUCAAUAUACCGGAUGCAUUUGUUAUCCACCACUUUUCAGAGAAGCGAUGUCAGCCGUGAAUUGCAUGAUACUGUUUCUCUUUACCACUUGUUGGUGUAACUUUGGUUCUUGCGAAAGCUCAAGAAUAGCGGAAUGUUGUGAGAACUGUGUUUCAAAGGUUCCAGACAAGCAACUUUGCAAUAGAACUUGCACCCAAUUGAUUCCGGGAAAUUAUUCCCAGGCAAGCAACAUUCCAGCAGUACCACCAGUUCCAGAUGCUCCCAUUUUGCUGUCGUCAGGCUACUUUACUUUCACAUUCGACUGGGGAAGCUACAGUCACACCAAGUACAAUGCCACACCUGUGGUAUACGUCCUGGAGGUCACACGUCAUACAAACAUCACUGACCCAUUCAUUAUUUUACCACACUUACAGAUAUAUCAUACGACGACCAAUACAACUUUUACCAUCCCCGAAGAAUUUAUUACAAAAACAGCUAACUUCUCGUUCCGUUUAGCAGUAGUUUCGUUCCAGGCAACAUCCGAUUUCUCGGAUUCAAGUCCUCUGUACCAAACAAAUAGUUCCUGUACAAGACUGGAGCAUCCAUUAUCUAUGGGUGAAUUCCCGUGUAGGAUGUUCAACGUUCGGCUUAACUUUACAGCAUUACCAAUCCCAUUUGAAAGACCGAAAUUGUUCACUACUUUGUACUGGGAGCUUCCACGUGCCCUUCACGACGUUAUGUUCGAAGGGGAACUAGAGGUUGAAGUCGAUUUAUCACGAAGCCCUCGCCAGCAUUGUUACGUUAAUGGUCUUCUUUCUCACAGUCACUACCCGCUUCCUCUUCCGAACGUUACAACUGAUGAACUGAAGUUUCCAUCAGACAAACAGUUUUAUUUUGGAUGCAGUUAUGAUUUUAAGAUACGUUCCCAAGUUAAACUUGUUUAUGAAACGAAGGCAACGUUUGACAUUCCAGACUGUAUUCAUGGGUUUUGUUUUUGCGAAAAAACCUUCCCCGCCAAACCUAAAGAAUCAGAUCACAUUCGUGUCGAAUUUCUCGAAGACAAACUAUACAUUAACAAAACAACAGCUCAUGUGACUUGGAGCACUGAAGACUGGGAUAAGAAACCUGCAUAUUUCAAGAUCGAUUUGUCAAAGUGUGAGAAUAUCUGCCCUCUAAUAACAGGAAAACACAGAGACGUUGUUGUUGCAGAUUUAAAAGGAGUGAAUAACACCUACAAUUUUUCCUACUCUAAUUUGACCGACGGGACUCGAUACCGUGCUCUUGUUUCUGCAUUUGACAGUAGUGGCUGCGUGUUCUCCAAGGUAGCAGUGAAACAUUUCCACGCUGUUAUACCGAAAACGGCCCCAAUAAUACCGAAGAUGGUGCCGACAACAAAGCCGGCGACAAGCGCCGCCCCAACGAUUGAGAGUACAAGAGUAUCCACAGCGGCAGGUAAUAGGAUGUCGUCAGGGACAAUGGCUGCCAUCGUAGUGCCUAUCAUCCUGUUUGCAGUAGCAGGAUUAUUACUGGCGGUGUUCUGGUUUUGCCGCAAACAAAAGAAACCCUUCAGACGUCACUUCGAUGACAGGGCCAGUUACCCGAGGAAUGUUGGUGAUGUUCCGUCCAGUCCGUAUGCUAACGACAGAUUUAACCUUGUUGUUAACUUGCCAUCCAAGUCCGAGAGAGGACUGGAAUUGAACCCUGCUUACGUGGAGCAGCGUAUUCAAGAGGCGGUGGAGACUGGUGAGGCAGACGAAUUUGAGUUUGGUUUUCACCGGUUGGAGCUCAAACGCGUCCUUGGUAAAGGAGCCUUUGGAAAAGUUUUCUUAGCAGAAGCGUAUGGCAUUGGAGGAAGUGAAAACACAAGUCUGGUGGCCGUUAAAGUACUUAACGACAAAGCCAACGAAGAUGAAGUGGAGGAUUUCAAGAUGGAAAUCAAUUUUAUGAAGACGAUUGGUCAUCAUGAAAACGUAGUAACCAUGUUAGGAUGUUGCACUCUUUACCCACCUUUGUGUCUCGUGGUUGAAUGUGUUCCACAUGGGGAUCUGCUGCAUUAUCUGAGAGACCUCAGAAAAACGUUUGAGCAGCAGUAUCGAAAGUUGCAAGGGGAUGAUGUGAAAGGUCUCAAAAACGAAGAAAAAUCAAGCACGUCACAAACACUCCCAAACGGCUCAGAGUCCACUAGUACGAGCAGCUACUCUCAUCGUCCCCUGGUGCCUUCAGCUAGUGACACGGCCAUCUCGGCUUUAGAGUUUGCAGCUUCCCAACUCGAGUUUAAUCAAACAUCACAGCCACAGGAAACCACGCCAUAUUCAUCCAAGUGCAAUGUUCAUCGUCCGCCUCUAAGACACUGUAAAUCAGAGGGUAAACAACUCACAGUUGCCAACUGGAUCAAAAAACACGAAACAUUUCUGGACUCAAGCGAGAGACCCAAGUUCAACAGAUCAACAAGCUUGAAGAGCUUAAAGGCCCUCUCUGUUCUGAACACCGUCAGAAGGGCCUCGGAAAUCCCUUCGGUGCAUUAUGUGGCUAGAGACCCUGCAGAUGCAUCAAGCAACACAGAAACAACAACGCUGGCAAUAGACUCUAAAGAAGCUUCUGAUACCAAAGCUGCCUCUGCUAUGAGUCUCGAUGGUGCAUUGGACUCUGGUGAUCUCCAGUCCUUCGCCUACCAGAUUGCAAAUGGAAUGGCGUACCUAUCUGGAAGAGAAAUAGUGCACCGAGACUUGGCAGCAAGAAACAUUCUCGUUGGAGACGACAAAGUGCUGAAAAUCUCUGACUUUGGUCUGUCAAGGGAAGGCAUUUACGUCAAGAGAAGCACCGGCAAAAUUCCCUUAAGGUGGCUGUCGAUAGAAGCCAUGCGUGAUCGCAUCUACUCCACCACAAGCGAUGUAUGGGCUUUUGGAAUUGUACUAUGGGAAAUUUGCACCCUUGGUGGUUUUCCAUACCCAACGAUAAACGACAGAGACCUUUUAGAAUUCCUCUUGGAGGGAGAGAGAAUGGAAAAACCAACAAAUUGCACAGAUGAAAUCUAUCAGAUCAUGCUCGGCUGUUGGUCGCGUGAAUGUGAAGACCGGCCUACAUUUCAAAGCUUGAAAGAACAGUUAUUUGACAUGCAGAAGGAAGAAAAACCUUAUGUGAAUGUAGACCCGUCCCAGGAUUUUACUCUGCCGCCUACAGCAGGUCGAGAUUCUGUUGGGAACUUAAUAACUUUUAGCGACGGGACUUUCAGUGCUAAUCAAUUGCUGUCUCGAGAUCAGUCGCAUGCCCCUCGCGACGUGUCUCCGAUCAGCGAUAAAGAGAAUGCUGGCUAUGAAAGUUCGAAUGGAUCAGAGAACUUCUCAGUUUCGUUUGGAGACCCAGCUGAGGGUAACUUUAUUCAUCUUUCACCUCUGUCAAGAAAGCCACGGGUCGACGGAGAAGACAUGAACCCUGAAUUGCUAGUUUAAUUUUAUCAUUUUUAUUAUCAAAUCAUUAUUGUUUGAUUUCUCUUUUAAUCAUGCUACCUCAUGUAUAAUUCUGUACAUAAGCUAACUUGGGUUUUCAUAUUUAUGCCAAUGCCUCUCCAUGGGCUCUGUCUUCGUGGCUCAGAAAUUUGGAUCCUGACCUUUUUGUGAGAAAAAAAUUACUGACGGAAGCCCCAGGCUAGAUUUGAAUCAAGAAAAUUUUUCACGUCAAAACUUACCCUUCCCAUAUUGUGAUUUAUCAAUGAACUUCGAAGAAUUAGGGAUUAUGGAUAGACUUAAAUUGAACACUGUAGAAAGGUGAUGACCUACAAUAAACUAGAUGUAUUUGCUGAUUCCAUCUGAAGGUAUAGUAAAACACAGAUGAAGAUAUA